AUGCCGGCUGCUACACCUGUUGCUUCCUCCGGUGACGGAAACCUUCGAGCCAAUGACAACAUUCGCCGUUUUGAAGCCGCCAGCAGGCCAUUGACUCCCCUGGCACACACCCUCUUCCACACCAAGACAAGAUGCUUUGUAUAUGGCAUGCAACCUCGAGCUGUCCAGGGAAUGUUGGACUUCGAUUUCAUUUGCAAGCGGAACACUCCCUCCGUUGCUGGUAUCAUUUAUACCUUUGGUGGUCAAUUCGUCAGCAAAAUGUACUGGGGUACCAGCGAGACGUUGCUGCCCGUCUACCAAAGUGCCGACAAGGCUAUGGCAAAACACACAGACGUAGACGUUGUCGUCAACUUUGCAUCGUCGCGAAGUGUCUAUAGUUCAACCAUGGAAUUAAUGCAAUACCCUCAGAUUAAAACCAUUGCCAUCAUCGCUGAGGGUGUGCCGGAACGACGAGCCCGUGAGAUCAUGGUCACCGCAAAGGAGAAGGGUGUUACAAUUAUCGGCCCGGCUACUGUUGGCGGUAUCAAACCAGGAGCGUUCAAAAUUGGUAACACAGGCGGUAUGAUGGAUAACAUUGUCGCUUCCAAACUCUACAGAAAGGGCUCUGUUGGUUACGUAUCAAAGUCUGGCGGUAUGUCGAACGAAUUGAACAAUAUUGUGUCACAAACCACCGAUGGUGUCUACGAGGGCAUCGCUAUCGGUGGUGAUCGUUACCCAGGAACGACCUUCUUGGACCAUAUGCUUCGAUUCCAGGCCGAUCCGGAGUGCAAGAUUUUACUUCUUCUCGGAGAAGUUGGUGGUGUUGAAGAAUACCGGGUCAUUGAAGCUGUGCAAAAUGGUACUAUUACAAAACCCGUGGUUGCAUGGGCCAUCGGUACCUGCGCCAGUAUGUUCAAGACAGAAGUUCAAUUUGGCCACGCUGGUGCCUCUGCGAACUCUCAGCUGGAAACUGCAGUAAUGAAGAACAAGGCCAUGAGAGAAGCUGGUAUCCAUGUACCGGAUACCUUUGAAGAUCUCCCCGAAACUCUCCGUGCCGUCUAUCAAAAGCUUGUCAAGCAGGGAAUUGUCAAGCCACAACAGGAGCCAGUCCCUCCCAAGAUUCCCAUCGACUAUGCAUGGGCUCAAGAAUUGGGUCUUAUUCGUAAACCUGCCGCUUUCAUCUCGACAAUUUCUGACGACCGUGGCCAGGAACUCUUGUAUGCUGGCAUGCCGAUUUCCGAUGUUUUCAGAGAGGAUAUUGGUAUUGGUGGCGUCAUGUCUCUCCUAUGGUUCCGGCGACGACUUCCUCCAUAUGCCAGCAAGUUCUUGGAAAUGGUGCUCAUGUUGACUGCUGAUCACGGUCCCGCGGUGUCUGGAGCCAUGAACACUAUUAUUACCACCAGAGCCGGCAAGGAUUUAAUCAGCGCCUUGGUAUCCGGUCUCCUUACGAUCGGAUCUCGCUUCGGUGGAGCCCUGGAUGGUGCUGCCGAGGAAUUCACAAAAGCUUUCGAUAAAGGUCUUAGCCCUCGUGAUUUCGUGGAUACCAUGCGCAAAGAAAACAAACUCAUCCCCGGUAUCGGCCACAAGGUCAAAUCCCGUAACAACCCUGAUCUUCGAGUCGAACUCGUAAAAGAAUUCGUCCUCAAGCACUUCCCCAACCACAAACUUCUUGACUACGCCAUCGCCGUCGAAACAGUGACGACUUCCAAGAAAGACAACCUCAUUCUCAACGUCGAUGGUUGCGUCGCCGUUUGUUUCGUCGACCUCAUGCGUAAUUGCGGUGCCUUCAGCCCCGAGGAAGCUGAAGAUUACCUGAGCAUGGGUGUUUUGAACGGCCUCUUCGUUCUUGGCCGCAGUAUCGGUUUGAUUGCGCAUUUCCUUGACCAGAAGAGACUCCGCACUGGACUCUACCGCCAUCCUUGGGAUGAUAUUACCUACUUGCUCCCAACCUUCCAAAAGGGCGCUCCUGGUGCUGAGGGCCGUGUGGAGGUUAGCAUGUAA